GACUGUGGUCUCUGAGCUACGAGCAGGAGCUCACCACGCCGCUGCACAUCACAGCCAGCCGGGGCUACACCCUCGGCUUCGGUGCUGACCCCGAGGCUGUCUCCGAGGAUGGCUACAAGCCCCUGCACCUCUGCAAGAGCCCAGACUCCAUCGAGUGUGCCCAGCAGCUGCUGCAGCAUGGCGCCAGCGUGAACAGUCGGACAGAGGAGGAAGACGACACAGCCCUGCAUGUCGCAGCCCGGCACGGCCUGACAGAGCACGUCCAGCUGCUCCUGCGCCACGGGGCAGAGCUGGAGGCAGAGAACGAGGAGGGGCAGACGCCCCUGAACGCUGCCUGUGCUCAGCCCCACCAGCCCCAGGACAUGGACCGCUACUACCACGUCUGCCAGCUGCUGGUGGAGAGCGGCGCCAGCAUCAACGCUGCGGACAGGGACCACCAGCACCCGCUCCACCUGGCCUGCAAGAAUGCCAACGCUCAAGUAGCAGAGUUGCUGCUGGCCCGGGGUGCAAACGUCAACGUCAUGAACUACAGCGGCAACACAGCGCUGCACAACAUCCUGCAAGCGACCGCCUACAAGCUGGAGCACCGCCCGGAGCUGGUGGUGCAAGCCCUGCUCAACUACGGCUCCGUCCGCAUCUGGCCCGGCUCCCUGCUCAAGGUGCUGCGGUACUGCCAUGCCUGUCCCCGUGUCAUCGAGGCCCUGAUGAACAGCUACGACCACGUGCGCGUCUCCCAGGACUGGGUGAAAGCCGUUCCAGCGGAGGUUGUCCAGAAAUACCCACGCUUCUACCAGUCACUCUUCUCCCUGGAGCAGAGACCUCGCUCCCUGCAGCACCUGGCUCGCUGCGCACUCAGGACCUUCCUGGAGGGCCGGUUGCUGUUGGUCCUGUCUCAGCUGCACCUGCCCAGUGCCUUGCACCGGUUCCUGCUGCUCGGCUUCGAGGACGUUCUCUACUAA